AUGUCCAACUCCAAUGCUGGUAUACUAAAGGAUGUUAUAGGGCGGUCUUGCCCGUGGUGGAUUUCUCGCCUUCUUGCAGAAACAAGGGUGACAGAGAGCACCCUCAAGCUACUGACCACGUCGGCCCAGAGGCUUCAGCUAUGCGGCCGACUCUCUCGAAAUGGCGGGAACCGAGCUCUAUUUAGCCCUCUCCAUAUUCCGCACUUACAUGCCUCUACGUCAAUCGCGGAAGCUCAGGUGAUUAUGACGCAUGGGAGGCGGCUAAGGAUGGUUUCUCGAAACAAUGGCGAUGUGAAAGUGCAUGUCGACCUCUCCGACUUUCUCUCGUGCAGCGGGACUUGUCUGACCGAGGUCGAAGAAGAAGUGGAGCGACUCGCCGAACUCACGGGGAGGAACUCGUACACCUCUCCAUUCUGGUUAACGCAACCGCAGUUAGAGAGCCACUUUCGGAACGCUCUUGCUGGGCACUCUACAGGUUGCCCGCAUGCGUACUCGGCGCAUGACUGCGAGGUGUAUGAAAACCCGAACAUGUUUGUAGAGCUCAGUUGCGGGACGGCGACGACGGCGCGCUACGCCAAUCUGGGCGAGUUUCGAAUACACCCGUAUCUCCAGCUCUCGUUGAUAUCGUGCAUAUCUUUUUUACGCGUAUUUUCGCCCAUUAACGUGCAAACUCGACGCGCCUUCGACGCGUGUGUGGAGUGGCGCCUGCGAUGGGAGUGUCAGCAAAGUGGGUGCUGGUGCAGUGUAUGGGGUACCGUGCAGGACUACGCGAGCUGCGGAUUUGCGACCCUUGACGGCGCCAUUGGUGUCGACGUGUUCGACGCCCUUGGGAAUCCUCUCUUUCUCAUCCACGCCCUAUGCACGACUGCGCCACUGGACGUUUACUCCAGGUGUUAUCCCUACGAUAGUAUUGUCACCAGCGCCGACACCUUUUGA